GAUUCUUUUUUCCGUCAGACGUAACGCAUAUACUUUGGAAAUUUUUUCUUCUUGUCUUGUUUUUUUUUCAUAUGAUCGGUCACAAAUCAAGCCAGCAAAAUAAUUCCUGACGGCAGUACACCGUUUCCAAAAUUGGAUAUGCCCAAGCGGAAGCGACAAAAAGUGGAAGAGGAUGUAGAAGAAACGGACCAUGAAGAAUCUGACUUAAGUGAUCACUCUGAACCAGAGUAUGUUCCGAGGGCCACAAGAAGGCGUGUGAAGCCGCUUGCUGUAAACGAUCAAACUUCAGAUGAUUUGCAGCCUCCAAGCUCUAAGCGAACCCGUUCGAGUAAAGAUUUCACUCCUAAACCGGAAAAGGAUGUAGAAGCAACAAGACGUACACGAAAUUCUCAGUCCCCUAUGAAAAAUGGGCUAAAAACAGAAUCAAAAGUUUCAAAAUCUAAGGGAGCUAAAAAUGGAAUAAGUGAUUUGAAAAGUGGGAGAAAAUCGAAAAGUCCAGCGAAAAAUAAUCUCUACGUUGACCAAGGAAUAGUUCGAAGAGCUUCUAGAAUUGUUGCUGAACAGAGCUUAAAAUAUACCUCAGAUAAUUACCAAGGAUGCCCUAUUCCGGGGUGCGACUCGAAAGGACACAUAACUGGUCGCCACGAAACUCAUAGAACGAUCAGUUCCUGUCCUCUUUAUCAUAAUACUACAGCAGAAGAAUGUCGGACAAAAUACAUUUCUCGUCACCGGAGUGACAAUUGUAGAAAUAGGGAGACACGUAGUUCUGCAUCUUCAGAGCAAUCUACUUCUUCUAAGCGAAGUGAUUUGAGAAAAAAUCGCUCUCCUAGGGGCGUUCGGGAAUAUACGGAAGAGAUGAGGGCGGCACAGAUAAAACACCGUCAAGUUCACGAGAACAAUAGAGAACCUCUUUUGUCUGGAAUUUCCUCAUCGAUAGAUCUGGAUAUGUUCAGAGAAGCACAAGCUCUAGCUUGCGAAACAAUUGUACAGGAUCAAGUUGGAGCGCCUGAAAUUCAAUGUUUAACUGAAUACGAUUUAUCAACUCAUUGUCAAUUGAACUCGAAGCAAGAGUAUAGGAUUAAAAAAAUUCAAAUAGGUCAAUGGGAAGUUGAUACGUGGUAUUCAGCGCCUUAUCCAGAGGAAUAUGCUUGCCUCCCCAAAUUAUAUAUUUGCGAGUUUUGCUUGAAGUAUAUGAAAACUUCCAUUAUUGCCGAGCAACAUUCGGCCAAGUGCGAAUGGAAACAUCCGCCUGGUGAUGAAAUAUUCCGGGAUGGAGAUAUAUCAAUUUUCGAGGUUAAUGGAAAAUUUAACAAGAUCUAUUGUCAAAAUUUAUGCUUGUUGGCAAAAUUGUUCUUGGAUCAUAAAACUUUAUAUUUUGAUGUUGAACCUUUCUUAUUCUAUGUAAUGACUGUUUUUGACGAUAGUGGAGGUCAUAUUGUUGGAUAUUUUUCAAAGGAAAAACAGUCUUUUUUAAAUUAUAAUGUUUCUUGUAUCUUGACAAUGCCGUACUUGAUGAGAAAAGGAUAUGGUAAAAUGUUGAUCGAUUUUAGUUAUCUAUUGAGUAAAAUGGAAGAUAAAGUUGGGUCUCCUGAGAGGCCUUUAUCUGAUUUAGGUCUAAUAUCCUAUCGAUCGUAUUGGAAAGAAGUAAUUUUGAAUUAUUUAUUGCGAUUUAGUGGAAAAGAGUUAACUAUUCGAGAUUUAAGUCAGGAAACAGCAAUUCACGCUAAUGAUAUAGUCAGCACAUUACAGGAUUUGGGAAUGUUAAAAUAUUGGAAAGGAAAGCACCUAAUACUAAAACGACAGGCAAGUUUUGUUUAUGAUGUUAUGGAAGAAAUUGAAACUAAAUUGAAAAAUCACAAAACAUUUAAAAGAAUUGACCAAUCAUUCCUUAAAUGGAUUCCACAUAGUCAAAGAUCAUCAAAAGAAGAACAAUGA